UCUAAAAAGACAAUAACACCCUGGAGAUUCCAGAUAAUUCAUCAGGUGUCGCUUACGAUCCCAUAUCCAUCUGUCACUCUGUGUUUCUCAUUUCAUUCUCAGAAAAACCAGUACGUAAUUGAACGGACCUUGUCAAUUGUAAUCACCACAGACUGUUAGCUCCCAUCCACCAAAAAGAUUUAUCAUUUAACCAGUUGUUACUUGUUACCAUCUAUUCUACCCAAUUCUCUAAUCUGAUCAUAAUGAGCUGGUGGUGGGCUGGUGCUAUCGGCGCUGCUAAGAAGAAAUUCGAUGAAGAUGAACCGCCACGAAGCUUCCAGAGCGUGGGCCUCAUAGUGGGCGUCACCGGAAUUGUCGGCAACAGUCUUGCUGAGAUCUUGCCACUUUCUGAUACGCCCGGUGGUCCAUGGAAGGUCUACGGAGUAGCCCGACGGCCCAGGCCCAACUGGAACGCUGACCACGCGGUCGAAUAUAUUCAAUGCGAUAUAUCCGACCCGGAAGACACCCGAACCAAGCUCUCAGAGCUCACUGAUGUCACCCACAUAUUCUAUGUCUCGUGGACGAACCGAUCUUCUGAAGCCGAGAAUUGCGCAGUCAACGGCUCCAUGUUCCGUAACGUUCUCGACGCCAUAAUCCCAAACGCUCCUAAUCUCCGUCACAUCUGUCUGCAAACCGGCACAAAACACUAUAAGGGUCCUUUCGAGGCGUAUGGAAAGGUGGAGCCUCACGAUCCACCUUUCACGGAGGAUUUGCCCAGGUUAGACGUACCGAAUUUUUACUAUACUCAGGAAGAUAUAUUGUUCGAAGAAGUAGAAAAAAAAGAGGACUUGACGUGGUCGGUUCACCGACCUGACGUGAUAUUUGGAUUUUCCCCUUAUAGCUUGAUGAAUAUUAUAGGCAGUUUAUGUGUAUACGCAGCCAUAUGUAAACACGAAGGGGUUCCAUUAAGAUUUCCUGGGACUAAAGCGGCAUGGGAGUGUUAUUCGAUUGCUUCAGAUGCGGAUCUGAUUGCAGAGCAUCAAAUUUGGGCUGCAGUGGAUCCGUAUGCAAGAAACGAAGUGUUUAAUUGUAACAAUGGAGAUGUAUUUAAGUGGAAGCAUUUAUGGAAGGUGUUGGCGGAGCAGUUUGGAAUAGAGGAAUAUGGGUUUGAAGAAGGUGAGAGAGUGAAGUUGGAGGAAAUUAUGAAAGGUAAAGAAGCUGUGUGGGAGGAGAUAGUGAAUGAAAAUCAACUGCAGCAUACAAAGUUGGAGGAGGUUAGUGGAUGGUGGUUUGUGGAUCUUAUGCUAAGUGGGGAGGCUCAAUUGGCUUGCAUGAAUAAGAGUAAAGAGCAUGGUUUCUUGGGUUUUAGGAAUUCCAAGAAUUCCUUCCUUACUUGGAUUGAUAAGGUCAAGGGUUACAAGAUUGUUCCUUGAGCACUAGAGUAGUGGAACUCUGAGGUGUAUUUGUAAUGAAAUGCAGCUUGUUCUUUUUUCUUUUGGUGGUUGUAAUGAAUAAGCAUAUGAACAAUUUGCAGCCAAUAUGUUGUUGCAGAAUUGGUUGUUUCCAAAGCUAUUGAAUUUUGAUUAUAUUUUGCAAUCAGUA